CGGAGGAGAAAAGCUGCGCUUUUGUUUCUCACUAAUAUAUCAUUGGACGGUCGGCCUGUGCGGAACAAUGUGAGCGCAGCGGGCCCAAGUGAUGCCGAGUUUCAGUGGUCUGACAUCGGCGCGACUGUGAGCGAACUGUCCGCUGCGGCGAGUAGCGAUGGGACCUUUUCCAGCCUCCCUGUCCCCAGACUCGGGCUGCUCAACGUCCCGCCCAUCCUGGUUCUACCGUCGGAUUCUGGGUUCAGUAACGCCGAGAGUACCGAGAUGUUCUGGGGGAUCGUGCUUAUCUGCGCCAAAAGGUCUUUGUGUGCCGCCUUCUCUGUGCUGCCGUAUGGAGAGAGCUUUCACAUCAGUGAUCCUCGUCUGGAUGCUCAGCGGCGGAGGCACUCAUCUGGAGGAAUAUCCACCACCCUAGAAAUGCUUCCCGGGCUGGAGGGGGUGGAGCUGGGCAUGUACGGCAGGACGGUGUCGUACGCUCAGUUUCUGUACCCCACUAACGCUCUGGACUGCCACAAGCCCUCAGUGGAUCUUGCUCUACCCAUGCCCUAUUCCAGAAACAGCAUCCCUUGCAGUUAUCCUCCCUCUCGCCUUAACAGCACCGUCGGCCUGGACCUGGGCCUUGAAGACCCUGACUAUGACCCUAAUGUGCUCAGUGACCCACGGUGGCCAUGUGGAAAACACAAAAGAGUGCUCAUCUUUGCCUCAUACAUGACAACAGUAAUAGAGUACGUCAAACCGUCAGAUCUGAAGAAGGACAUGAAUGAGACCUUUAAGGAAAAAUUCCCCCACAUCAAACUCACACUGAGCAAAAUCAGAAGUUUGAAGAGAGAAAUCCGCUCAGUGGGAGAGGAGUCUUCUUUGCAGCCGGUCACCAUAGCGAUGGCAUUUGUGUACUUCGAGAAGCUGGUCCUACAGGGGCGUCUCAACAAGCAGAACAGGAAGCUGGUGGCGGCUGCGUGCCUCCUACUCGCCGCCAAGAUCAGCAGCGACUUGAAGAAACAAGAGGUCAAACAACUGAUUGAUAAAUUGGAGGAGAGGUUCCGGAUUAGUCGUCGGGAGCUGAUUGUUUUCGAGUUCACCAUCUUGGUGGCUCUAGAAAUGGCACUUUACCUACCGGAGAGUAAAGUCAUGCCCCACUACCGCAGGCUGGUGCAGCAGACCUGACGUGGGUAGAGCGGAGGCUCAGGGCCGUCGUGAAUAUGCAGAUGAGAUGCGUAAAGCAGCCGAAAGUGUGGGACUCUGCGUUCCCACCAUUGCAGUUUGAGGUAUCAGAGCGAAUACACAUCAACACGAAGCUCUAAGGAAGAACUGACGUUCCAAAUGAUGCUUUUUAUAGCAAUCUGGCCAGCGGCAUUUUUUUUUUUUCGUGGCUAUCUGUUUUUGUGACCACCAUGGGAAUACUGCUGAGAAAAACAGCACGGAUCUUCUUUUGUUGAAAACAGAAGGAUUUAACACUCAAACGUCAAGGGAAGAGUUUAACUCCUAAAUUGUACAAGUGUGCAUGCAUGUUUUUAACAUUCCGUAUCUAUUUACCAAAAAUAACUUUUAUUUAAUUUAGACCUGUCCUUUUGUAUAGAACAACCUAGCAUUCACUGUAACACUAAAGCACUU